AUGUACAAUUUUGACUCCGAUUCCAAAAAGCUCCAAACAUGUCGCUAUUGGGCUCUGGGUCAAUCAUGUCCCAACUUCGACCACAAUGGUGUUUUGAAUUGUGAGUAUGCACACUUCGACGCUGGCAGCUUAGCCAGCCCACUGGAGCAGAGAGGCACUUGUCUGCAGUGGUCCCGCCAUGGCACUUGUCCCCGCGGAACUGCCUGUUGGUAUGAGCAUCGACACACAGGAGUCACAGGACUGUGGCAAGACGAGAUCGACUUGGUGGGCUUGGACCUUGAAAUCGCUGACGCAGCCUUUGAAGCUGGCUUCAACACCCGGCACCAUGAGGCCCUCUUUAAUCUCAUAUGGGCUGUCAAGCGAAAAGCCAUUCGGAUUUUGAAACCUGGCAAUCAAUCGUUCAAGCCGCGUCAUCCUAUCUACCCUGAUCGAUAUCGUCCCAGUGGUAUAGGCGAUAACACAGCCAAGAAGAGACGGUCAAGGAAGAGACGCUGGAUAUCAAAUUUCAAAUCAGAUCCUCACCGACAGCAAGCACAUUCGAGAACAGCUGAUACUGAUCCUGUUGUGAAUGACUCUUCCAAAUGGAAGAUUGUCACUGCAUUGGAUGCAGAGAGCGUCAAAGAAGAUGAGCCCAGCAAACGUCAGAAGACCAGAAGAGCACCCAGCACAGAGCCAGACCUGCUGAUUUUCAGCCCCUCACCCUCACCACCUGUCGAGGACAUAGCCGAGGCUGGUUUGUGUGUCAAGACAGUCUUACUUGUCAAAGCGAAACUUGAUGAGGCCCAGAAGGAGGUCCAUUCCUGUCAACUCACUAUGAAGAAAUGGUACGACCAAUAUGGGGCUCGUUUUUGUGACAACAAUGAGAUCAUGGUCUCAUUACGUAAUCUGAGCACUCGUAUGGAGGAUACGAGGCAAAAUGCGAGAGCUGGCGCGAAGGAGAUGGAUUCCGCAAUCAAAUGGCUCCAGAGGAACUGCGGGGUCAGCAAUGUUGGCAUUAAUGAUGGAGACUUGCUCCUGUAA